GCGCGGCCUCGGAAUGUCCCUAAGCAAACAACUCUCUCCCCCGAGCCUCUCCCGCCAGACUUCGAAAACUCCCCUCCGGUCCGCGAGCACCCCGGGAUCGCACCCAGGCUGUCUUUUCGCCUCUUACCUCCCUCUCCCGAUCCGAGACCGCAGGCAGUGCCUUACCCACCGACUCUGAGCAGGCUGUACCUCUGAGACCUUGCCGACCCCCAUUGGGUCACCCGGCCCUUUCACCCCUACACACCGGCGAAGGAGCCCUGGGUAGAUUCGGGAAACUUGUUUAAGGCAGUCGGCCAUGAUGACCCCGCAACCCCUGGACUGGGGGCGCUUCGGUAGCAGCCACUGCUGCGUGUGACCUUGAAAGAGGCCCCCUGCAUUCAUUCCGGGUACAGCCUGAAUCUGGCCAGUUUCCUGUGCCAAAGCCUUCGACCUUGGAAAGAGCAGCGCAGUUCCAAACCAAACUCUUGGAAGGAGGAGGGACGAUGGUUCAAACCUGUAACAAAGAUGCCUGCUGUCCAGCUGCCGGGCUCCCGUUUGGCCAGAAGCAAGUCACCCCUCCGCCUGCAGUGGCACCAGGCCUCUGGGAGCUGACUAGCCUGGCUGAAUUGCUUCUAACCCUUCCAAGUCUGAGCACAGAGAGAAGCCUGGGGAAGAGGCAGCUGUGAAAGAGCAAGAAUGGUCCACCUGCCCCUUACCCAAGUUUUGGACGGCCUCCAUGCGUCCUGCCAGAGAGAAGAGAGACUUCUAAGAGUCUCUGAGAAGGGGCCUGCCAACUUCAACAGCCCUGGCUCCCUUAGGUCGCUUUUUGGAGAAAGUGUCAAAUCUUCUGGAACUGGAGUUACUGAUGGUUGAGAGCCACCCCGUGGAUGCUGGGAAUCAAACAUGGGACCUUCGCAAGAGCAACAAAUGCUCCAAAACACCGAGCCUCUUCCAAGAGAGCGAACUUUGAACAUCAGUGCCCUCCCUGGGCUGAGCAGCAAGGGAAGUCCUGUGAGCAGCAGUCCAGUGACUGUGUCCUGAUAAGUGCCCUUGGGAUGGAGUAGAAGGUCUAAAAGUCUGAUAGCCUAGGCGGGGUGCCACCCACACCUACCCUCACCCCAGUAGUGAUGGCGCAGGUGGCGUCCCGGGAACCUGACACCCAAGAUGAAUAAAUGAUGCGGACUCAACCGCCCGCAGCCAGAACUCUCCGCGGCCGCUGCCACUACCACCGUCACCGCCUGCCGGUGGCCAGGGGCAGUCACCUGGUAGCUCUGUGCAUCAGCCCCCUCUGCUCUCAGGACCUGUAGCGGAGCCCGCGGCAAACAGGAGAACAUGGCCGGGAGGCAGCGUGGCUCGGGGCGGCUCUGGGCGCUGGGCGGCGCCGCGCUGGGGGCUUGCCUGGCGGGUGUCGCCUCGCAGCUGGUAGAGCCCAGCACGGCCCCGCCCAAGCCCAAGCCGCCCCCACUGACCAAGGAGACCGUGGUGUUCUGGGACAUGCGCCUGUGGCAUGUGGUGGGCAUCUUUUCCCUCUUCGUGCUGUCCAUCAUCAUCACGCUGUGCUGUGUGUUCAACUGCCGUGUACCGCGGACACGGAAGGAGAUCGAGGCUCGGUAUCUACAGCGAAAAGCAGCCAAGAUGUACACAGACAAGCUGGAGACCGUGCCUCCCCUCAACGAACUCACAGAAAUCCCUGGAGAGGACAAGAAGAAAAAGAAGAAGGACAGUGUGGACACCGUGGCUAUCAAGGUAGAGGAGGACGAGAAGAAUGAGGCAAAGAAGAAAGGAGAGAAGUGAGGGCGGCGUCCUGGAGAUGGCAGCCGGGGCUGGCAGGCCCUGAAGCGUAAGUUCAGGCCGGGAUCCAGGCAUCAAGACUCCGAGUUCAUACAUGGACGGCAGAGGCUGUGGUCCAAGGGAAAGCCAAGGUCGUGGGCAUUACCUCACGGCCCAAAAGAUGUAGGGACAAGACUGGACUCUGUUCAUUUCACAUGGUCAGUCUGGGCACUUCUCACGGGCCACUGUCCCUCUAUAGAUAUAGAGUGGCCUCAAACUCCUCUCCCCAUCCAGGCAAGCUUCUGUCCCACCCUUCUUGCCAGGGGCAGAAGUGGCUAUGAAGGAGUCAGGGAUUGGUCGAUGAGGAUGGCAGGAUUGAACAGAUUGUUCAACAACACAGAUGGAGGACUGGAAGGGGACUUGUGACAUGGGAGAUUCUCUGACAUAGCUAGAUAGCCACCCCAAAGAGCAAGGAGAUUGCCCCAAGUUUGACGGUGAUCUGUCCUUGGCUUCUAGGGUGUCCCCAUUAUCAGGAGAAUCCCUGAUCUGGCAAAUGCCAAGCUCUGAAAACAAGGUAACAGCGUGACAGGGCGGAGACCACUGAGGGGCUGGCAGGAGGCCUAGGGCCUAAGGGCUUCUGGCUCAGGGGUGGGGUCUGAAACAUAGAAGAAUGAGUUGCGUGGGCCGAGUGAGAAAACCUGGGUCUCCUCACGGGAACCAAGAACUACUCAAGACGCAGUGCAUGGGGUACGGACUACUGCGGUUGCCUUUUCUCUGGCCAGGACUCUGUCAGACCACCAGUCUGCCGAACACAGUGGUAUGCAGGUCCUCUUCUGCCAUGUCCCUUACU